GGUUGACUUUAGAAAAUUAAAAACUAAACAUCAAAUAGCUAAUAAGUGUGAAGAGCAACAUGUGAAAAAGCAAAAGACACUUAUAGAAAAAGACUUACGAGCCAAGAAAGCUAAUAUUCCACUAUCAGGAUUUUGUGAAAAUGCUAAAUGUGAUUUACUCAGAGAACUGCCUUGUGUAAUCUGUUCUGAGAUGUUUUCAUCAGAAUAUUGGACUAGAAUUUCUGUAAAAGGUAUAGAUCUAUUAGUACUUGAAGUUGACAAGAAAUUUGUGACUUUGCUUUUUGAUGUGGACUUUAACUAUAAAUAUCCAUGGAUUGAUAAACGUGAAUAUAAAGUCUUAUUAGAUAGAGACAGAUCAUUAGAUGCAGGUAAAACUCUGUUGUUGUCCUUAGUUAACACAUGGAUAGGUACAGUUUUGUUGUGUCUUCAAGAGUUAACAAUUUCAGAACAGCUUUUGAUCUCUACAGGAUAUCUUUGUAUAAAUCUUAUUCAGCUUACUAAUCAACAACACACAUAUCAUAAACUAAAAGAACAUUUGUGUGAUAACUUAAAAGUAGUUUUUGUUGGUCAGGAUCAACUAUCGAAAAUACAAUUAAAAAAAAGUAUUGUUAAAAUAGAUAAAAUAGCAUUAAAUUCUUUACCAGAAGAUGAAGUUCCAGUAGCUUUGAUGGUGACUACUGUAAUGGUUGAUAUUGAGUUAGAUAAUAAUAGAGAAGCAUUUGAACAUGACAAGUAUAAUUUUACUAAUAGUAGUGAAGAGUUAAGAAGUUCAGGUAUGGUAUGCAUGGACAAUAUUUCUUUUGCAGAAAAGAGUCAUACUUUAAAGAUGCUUGAAAAAAUGAUCAAUGAAUCAAAUACUGAUGAUAUAGAAUUAGCACUUGAACAAGAGUAUAGCAAACAACCAAUAACAAAUUAUGCUAUUCUCGAGUUAUUGAAAAAUGUCAAUGCUGUUGGAGGGAAAAUUAUAGCUGAUCUUCACAGCCCAAUUGUGAUGCUAUAUGUGGAAAAGAAGAUUGACAUUGAUUUUUUAGUUUCUGAUAAUUUUCCAACAGUGACAAAAAGGGCAAGAUUGGCCCAUCUUGACCUGACUGCAGUAGCAAACCAAUAUUUAACUGAUGAAAUAUUAUUAUUGGAAUAUAUGACUCCAAAAACAAAUUUAAAAAGGAGAAUGCAUCCAUCAUUUUUACCUAUUUCAGACUCACAGUUACUCGAUUUUGAAGAAAAAUUUCAUUGUAAUGUUCUUGCAAUCGCCAAGCAUACACUAUUUCACAAAUGCACCUGGUCAUGUGACUAUUAUACACCAAAUAAAUUUUUUUCAAUUUAUCUUAAUAUUUUUGAGAUAUAUUUAACUAAGCAAUUUCAUAUUGGGAAAAACUUGCCUGAGUUGGAGACUUCGAAUAAUUUUGAUGAUAGUACUGGUGAUGAUGAGCUAGAGCAAGAUUUGAAUGAAAAUUGCAAUAUGAAUGAUAAGGUAUUCAGAGUAAUAAAUUUAGGUGAAAAAAUGGCUGCAGUAAAUUUACGUGUUGACUAUAUAUAUUAUGGUGGAAACCAAGAAAGUGACAAAAUACAUGAUUAUAAAAUUGAACAUCCACAGUGUUUAACACAUAUACAAGUUCACUGGUCCAAUAGAAAUAAGAAAGUACCAGUGUUAUGUAGGAAAGGUAUUCUACACAGAUGUAAAAAAGAGACAAUUUUAGACAAGCAAUUAUGUCAGAUGGCUAAUAGAAAUCUGGAAGCAUCAAAACUUUGGCAAAUAGAAAGAUCAGUAGUAAGAUAUAAUAUGUCAACUGAUAAUAUAGAAUUACUGAAUAGUCAGGAAGAUUCAGAUAUUAAAGAUGAAUCAUCCUUUGAUCUAUAUGCAAUAAUAUGCUCUGGGUUUUAUAAUUUGAAGUUAGUUGAUGAAGCAAUGUUACAUUUACAUCUUAAAGAUGGAUUUAAAAUAAGAAAUGAAAAAUUACAGAAUAGUGAAGAUAUUUUUAACAAAUUUAAACCUACUUGUAAAAAUGAUAAUAACUUAAUACAAAAAUGGCAGGAAACUAUAGCAUCAUGGAAAAGGACAGAACCAGUAAAUGAAAAUUGUGAUGAUAAUCAUAUACAGGAGUUUACAUACAUAUCUAAGCACUUAAAUUAUGCAUCAUUACAGUUAAGAAAAAUAAUAAAGGAAACUGAUUUAUUACAAGAAAUUUCAAGUGAUCUUAAUGAUGAACAAAAGAAACUUUUUUUGCUUGUGUGUGCUGGAGGUAUGGGAAAAUCUAAAGUUAUUAAAGCAAUUUGUAAAUAUUUUGAUCAAAUUGAACAAAAAGAAUCACUUGCAGUUUGUGCAUCACUGGAUUUGCUAUAUCAAGACCAGUGGGCAAGAAUAGAGUACUUAAUUUUGGAUGAAGUUUCUAUAAUAGGUCAAAAACUUCUAAUGCAAUUUUACACUUAUGUUAAAGAGGCAAAACCUAACUGGAAUAAUGCUUUACCAUUUGCAGAAUUAAAUAUAAUUUUUUUAGGAGACUUUAUGCAACUUCCACUAAAACAAAUUUCAAGUUCUGUAAAUACCCAGACAGUGGUAAAUACCAGUGGCAAAUACCAGUGGCAGGGGAUUAUGGCUAAUACUUUGACAGUUAAUAUUUGUAUAAAAGAUGGAAUGACUAAUAGUGCUCAGGGUAUUCUUCGUGAAAUCGUAUAUGAUGACACAGCUGCAAUCAUUAAAAGUUUGAGUGUUGAUAAAGGAAAAAGUAUAAUUAUUGACAAACCUCCAAAAUAUAUUAUAAUCGAACUUCUAAACUAUGCAUCGUGUAAAUAUGAUAAUCUGCCAUCGAAUCAUAGAACACAGUUACUUGUGACAUCUGCUUUCACAUUCACAGAAUUUAAAUGUCAAGGUGUGAUAUUAGAAAAAGCAAUUGUUGAUCUAAAUGAUGAUAACAUAAAAUCAGGUGUUUAUGUUAUGCUAUCUCAUAUACAAAGAUUACAAGAUGUAAUGAUACUUUGGCCAUUUAGUCAUUCAAAACUUAAUACAACUGUAGAACCUGACCUCAGAAAAGAGCUUAGACAUCUUGAGAAAUGUUUUAUAAAAACUAAACAAUUAGAAAAAUGGCCCUUUAUUUAA